CUUGGUGAUCACCUAAGGCUUGGCGACUCCAUUGUUGAACUCCUUCAAGAAAGUUUGCAGACCUGUCAUUCCAUAAGCAACCAUGUAAAAGAACAAAUCCAAGAGCUUGUGAUCUCCAGGCAGAGAUUAAAAUGGGAGAAGAACAUGUCCAAGGAGGACCUUCACAUAAAACAGGCAGCUGCACUUGUUGUCAAGCUGGAAGGGAAUUCUCUAUUUUCUUCAGGAAAGAUUGCUGAAGCUGCCUCUAAGUACUCAGAAGCGUUGGCCUUGUGCCCAAUGAGAUCCAAAAAGGAGAGAGUUGUACUCUAUAGCAACCGCGCACAAUGCCAUCUUCUCCUACAGCAGCCCAUGGCAGCCAUUAGUGAUACUACACGAGCUUUAUGCCUCCACAAACCAUUUAAUGGCCACGCCAAAAGCUUGUGGAGAAGAGCUCAAGCACAUGAUAUGCUUGGUCUAGGCAAAGAGAGCUUGUUGGAUGCCAUUCUCUUCAUCAACGAGUGCUCCCAGUCCAAAGAUACUGAGCUAUCGCUGAGACAGAAUAGAGUUCCAGAUUAUGCCACCAAGUUAUUGAAGAAGCAAAUGAGAUUUACAUGGCUAUUUCGAGAAGCCGCCAUGAAACAUGGUGCUGUAUAUUCUGAGCAUUAUAAUGGCGAUGCACAAGACGACGAGGCUGAUUCAGAUUGGGAGACGGCGAGUGAAAGCGAUUUAGGAGACGACCAAAGGGAAAGUGAAUUCUGA